UUUCAGAAAAUCUGAUGACUCUGAUAUGAUGCACAACUCUUCAAUCUCACCUAUAUCAAUCAAAAUUCAACAACUUCAGUCCUUCAACUCAUCAAAAGUGAUGAACUACCACAACAGUUAAUUAAUCUUCAAUUUUCUCAAUAUGACAAAAAACUUCACAUCCUCAAAACCACCGGUGACGGAGGAGCUUGAUCUUGACUCAUUUCUCCGGCGACACAACGCCACCUCCGAUGACGACGAAGACAGAGAACAUCAAAACUCUGACAUUCUUCAUCGUACUAUAGACGACAUCCUCAAUGAUUCCUCCUCGGAUUCCGAUCACGACGGGGUUUCGGUAUCUUCCUCUAUACCUCAAACUAAAACCCUAAAUUCCAGUGAUAAACAGUUGAAUUCGACGCAAUUUAAGUAUAAUUUAAUCCAACGGGUAAAAUCCGAUGUAUUGUCCGGAGUUUCCAGUAGAAAACCGCCGACGCCUCCGCAGAAUAUGCGGAAUCCGUCGAUUUUCAGCGGCGGAGUUAGUAGAAAGCCUGGGGCGGCGCUUGCGGCUGCUGCUGCGGCAUCGAGGAAUGUUCGCGUGCCUCGUGCUGCGGUGAUCAAGUCGAUGAGAGCUUUGAGUGUGAGUUUGGAGGGGAAGGUGUCGGAUGGGGAUGAAUUGUUAGGGUUUGUUAAGGAUGAUGUGAAAUCUGAGGGUUGUGAUGGUGAUAAUAAUGUAAACGAGGCAAUUGGAGAAGUUGUUGAGGAGAGAGAGAAUGGUGAUGACUCUGGAAUUGUGGUAAAUGAGGUAGUAGGAGAAGUUUCAGAUUUUGAGGAUUCGAGUGUGGAACAGGGAAUUGAAUUGAGAGAGAAGGAUGCUGUGGAGUCAGCUGAAGGGAGUGCUGAAAAGGGAGGUAGUGAAUUUGAGAAUGAUGGGGAGUUUGAGAGACAGGAGGAGUUGGUGUCUUCUGUUGAGAAGAAUGAUGUUCCUGAGUUUUGGGAUUUGGAGAAGAUAGAUAGUGGGGAUUUAGGGAAGAAGGGAACUCCACAUUCGUUAGAUGUUGAAGAGGAGGAAAGGGUAGGGGAGAAGAAUGUUGGUAAUUUGAAUGGGAAUUAUGUUGAUAAGGAACUUGGAUUGUCUUUGAAAGAGGAAGUGAAAGAUCAGGAUUUAGGGUUGGGGAUGCAGGAAGUACAGGAAAGUGAGAAGAGUGUGGUUAUUUUGAGUAGUGAUGAAUUAGGUACUGGAAGAGAUGAGGUAAGCUCCAGUAAUGAUGAUGUUAAGGAGCUUGUUGAGUAUAAAAUCGCUCAAUUAGAGAGCGAGAUUGAUAGUAAAAUAGCCGAGGAGAAGUUGCGCCCUGUGAAGAAGCAACUAGAAUUAGCAGAAGAACUUGAGAUAAAGCAAGCUUCUACCGGUCAGGACUUGGAGGAGGGGGCUGCUGCACAGCCUAUGAGGUUGGAAGGUGUGCGCAGAGGUUCGACUGUGCUUGGAUAUUUUGAUGUAAAUGCUGAUAAUACACUCAGCCGAGCUAUUAAAUCUCAGGCAUUUAUUCGUGAUUAUGGUACCCCUCUGGCCAUUGCAGUGCAUCUCAAUUACGUUGCUCUGGGGAUGUCUAAAGGUGUCAUUGUUGUUGUGCCGAGUAAAUAUUCUGCUCAUCUUCCGGAUAAUAUGGAUCCAAAGAUGUUGUUGCUUGGUGCACAAUCGGAUCGAUCCCAAAUACCUGUAACGUCUAUUUGCUUCAAUCAGCAAGGGGACCUUCUCUUAGCAGGCUAUGGUGAUGGUCAUAUUAUAUUGUGGUAUAUACCCAGGGGAACUGUGGCAAAGGUCAUUACUGGAGAGCAUGCGGCUCCUGUGGUUCACACAUUAUUUCUCGGGCAGGAUUUUCAAGUGACUCGCCAAUUUAAAGCAGUUACUGGUGAUGGUAAAGGACUAGUUCUGUUACAUGAAUUCUCGUCUGUACCAAUAAUUGGGGUCACAGUGAAAACACAGUGUCUUCUUGAUGGUCAAAGAACGGGCACAGUGUUGUGUGCCUCACCACUUCUACCUGACGAAUUUACUUUCUCAGGCAACACCACAGGCUCAGGAAGCGGUGUAGGUGGUGUCAUGGGUGGUGUAGCGGGAGCGGCCCCUUGGAAAUUCUUCAAUGAAGGUUCCUCCUUGUCUGAAGAAGGUGUGGUCAUCUUUGUCACCCAUCAGACUGCUCUGGUGGUGAGACUUAAACCUAGCUUGGAAGUCUAUGCGCAACUUUCUAAGCCAGAAGGCGUUCGGGAGGGUUCUAUGCCAUACACUGCUUGGAAAUGUACAACACAUUCACGGGGUUCCUCCUCAGAAAAUGUGAAUCCUGAAUCACUGGAAAGGAUUUCACUACUUGCAAUAGCAUGGGACCGGAAGGUUCAAGUUGCCAAGUUAAUAAAGUCAGAGCCUAAAGAUUCUGGAAAACCAGAACUUAAAGAAAGUGGAAAGUGGUCGCUUAAAGUUUGUGGAAAGUGGACACUUGAAAGCGCAGCUGUAGGUUUGGCAUGGCUUGAUGAUCAGAUGUUGGUGAUUCUCACAUUGGUUGGUCAACUUUGCUUGUUUACGAGAGAUGGUACCUUGAUCCACCAAACUAGUUAUGCCAGCAAUGAACCUGGAGGAGACGAUCUUAUUUCGUAUCACACGUAUUUUACCAAUGUGUAUGGCAACCCAGAGAAAGCUUAUCACAAUUGUCUAGCUGUCAGAGGAGCAUCUGUGUAUAUACUUGCACCUAGGCAUGUUGUUGUUUCCCGCCUUCUGCUGUGGCGUGAACGUAUUGAGGUGUUGAGAAAUGCAGGCGACUGGAUGGGUGCCUUCAACAUGGCAAUGACAUUAUAUGACGGCCAGGCUCAUGGGGUUAUUGACCUUCCCAGAGACUUGCACGCUGCACAGGAGGCUAUUAUUCCCUAUCUGGUGGAGUUGCUCUUUUCAUAUGUAGAUGAGGUUUUCUCCUAUAUUUCAGUUGCUUGCUUCAACCAGAUUGGCAAGGAAGAAGAGGUGGACGGUUCCUUGACUAAGAGCGAUGCUGCAUUUUCUACAAUUAAAGAGCAAUUUACCCGCGUCGGUGGAGUAGCAGUUGAAUUUUGUGUUCAUAUCAAACGGAUUGACAUUCUUUUUAAUGAAAUAUUCUCAAAAUUUGUAGCUGUUCAACAUAGAGAUACAUUUUUGGAGCUUCUGGAACCAUACAUAUUGAAAGAUAUGCUUGGAUCACUGCCUCCUGAGAUCAUGCAAGCAUUGGUAGAGCAUUACAACGGAAAAGGAUGGUUGCAGCGAGUGGAGCAAUGUGUUCUUCACAUGGAUAUUUCGUCCUUGGAUUUUAAUCAGGUCGUAAGGCUAUGUAGGGAGAAUGGUUUGUAUGGUGCCCUGAUAUACCUUUUCAACAAAGGCCUAGAUGAUUUCAAGACUCCUUUGGAGGAACUAUUGAAUGUGUUGAAAAAUCAUAAAAGAGACGCUGCUGCUGCUGCUGUUGGGUACCGGAUGCUAGUUUAUCUGAAGUACUGCUUCUCAGGCCUUGCUUUUCCACCGGGACAUGGAAAACUCCCUUCUGAGCGUCUGCCUUCUCUUAGGAUGGAGCUUUUGCAAUUUCUGCUGCAGGAUUCUGGUGGCCCAAAGUCACAGACAGGUGCAAGCCUAACUUCCACUGGAGCUUUCCUGAACUUGCAUUAUCUAUUGGAGUUGGAUACAGAGGCCACAUUAGAUGUUUUCAGGAUAUCAUUUGUGGAGGAUGAGCAUUUCAAGCUCGAUAAGCCUCUUCUUAAUUCUUCAGAUGCAACUGUUGACAAUCCAAAAGAUAAUGACUCAAUUGCUGGUUAUCAGGAUAUGCUGGUUCAGAAAAUUGUUGAUGCUCUAGUUAUUGUUCUGGAUAUAGAUAUUUCUCAGUCAGUCAGAUCUGCUGGCAGCGAUGAUACUGGAGUGGUAGUAUGGCCUUCAAAGAAAGAUAUAGGUCACCUCAUUGAGUUUGUGGCUAGUUAUGUCGCUUCUAAAAAGGCUAAUGUAUCAAAAAGUGUGUUGAGCCAAAUAUUGGAGUACCUCACUUCAGAAAAUCAUCUUGGCGAUCUUGCACUAAAUGAAAGCAAACAGAAAAAUGAAUCUAAGAAAAGAAGGGAGAAAAAAGUACUUGCUCUGUUGGACGCGGUUCCUCAAACAGAGUGGAAUGCAUCUUAUGUCUUGCAUUUGUGUGAAAAAGCACAAUUUCACCAGGUUUGUGGCUUAAUCCACACCAUCAGACAUAAUUAUCUUGCUGCUUUGGAUAGCUAUAUGAAAGACGUGGAUGAACCAGUACAUGCGUUUUCAUUCAUUGAUGGUAUAUUGCUGCGGCUGAGUGAUAAUGAAUCUUCUGCUUUCCAGUCAGCAGUCAUUUCCCGGAUUUCAGAGCUAGUUACCUUGAGCAGAGAAUGCACAUUUUGCUUGGUGAUUUAUCACUUAAACAAAGAAAGGGGACAUCUUCUCUCUAACCUCCAAUCUAGUCCAAGAAGCCUCUUCCUUUAUCUUAAGACCCUUUUUGAGGUUCAUCAUUCAGGCAUCCUCAGCUUUUCUUGUAUAAGGGUGGACAGUGUUUCUGAUGGUUCCUGGGACAGACAAAAUGAUGGAAAGAUUACUCUGGAUGCUUACCUAGAAAGAAUUUCUGAAUUUCCGAAAGUUGUACAAAAUAACCCCAUUGAAGUGAAUGAUGACAUCAUUGAACUCUAUAUCGAGCUGUUAUGUCAGUAUGAACCCGAUUCAGUUCUCAAGUUCCUGGACACUUUCGAAAAUUAUAGAGUUGAUCGCUGUUUAUUAUUGUGCCAAAAAUAUGGGAUCGUUGAUGCAGCUGCGUUUCUUUUAGAAAGGGUGGGUGAUGUUGGAAGUGCUCUUCUUACUACCCUCUCUGGACUCAACGAAAAAUUCAUCUUGCUUGGCACAGCAGUUGAAAGUACAAUUUCAGACAUAGAUAUAGGCAAAGAUGUAGAUUUAGAAUGCUUUGCUGCUGCUUCAGAGUUGAAAGAGGUACAAGACAUAGAAAAAAUACUUCAUGCAUGUAUUAGCCUUUGCCAGCGUAAUUCACCUCGUUUGGAUCCAGAAGAGUCUGAAUCACUCUGGUUUCGUUUGCUAGACUCGUUUUGUAGACCUUUACUUAUUUCUCAAGGUAACUCUGAAAAUGGUAUGGUAACUCAGUCUUCAAACUUUAAAGAUGACUCGGAGGUCAAUGCCAUCACAUGGACGGUUUACAGGAUACAGAAAUGUGCUCCGGUUCUGAAGAGAUUAUUUGCACAAUUUGUCAAGGAAAUUGCUGAGGGGAUGAUAGGAUAUGUUCGCCUUCCGUCUAUCAUGGCAAAACUCCUGUCAGAUAAUGGAAAUCAGGAAUUUGGUGAUUUUAAGCUAACCAUAUUGGGAAUGCUAGGAACAUACAGCUUUGAAAGGAGGAUUCUGGAUACUGCUAAAUGCCUUAUAGAGGAUGAUACGUUCUAUACCAUGAGCUUACUCAAGAAGGGGGCUUCUAAGGGGUAUGCCCCUCGAAGUCUUCAGUGCUGUAUAUGUAACUGUUCCUUCAAGAGUUCUUCCGGUUCUGGAAUUCGGGUGUUCAAUUGUGGUCAUGCAGCCCAUCAACAAUGUGAUGUUCAGGAAAAUGUAAUGACAAGUCAAAGUUCAUCUGGUGGAUGUCCUAUAUGUGUGCACAAAAAGAAGAUCCAGAAAUCCAAGGGUAAGAUGGCAGAGCAAGGGUUAGUGAGUGCUUCACCAUCUACAUCACGGCGAGCGCAGGGCACAAGUUUUUUGCACCCACAUGAACUCGAUGUAUUUGAGAACUCCACUGGCCCUCAAAUUUCAAGAUUUGAGAUAUUGAAUAGUCUCCAAAAGAACCAGAGAUUGAUCCCAAAUGAUACGAUGCCUCAGCUGAAGUUAGCACCUCCAGCUGUUUAUCACGAGAAAGUAAGCAAAAGAACUCAUUUUCCAUCAGGGUCAAGUAGAGAAGGUUUGAUGGAUGCCGAAAAGCUUAGUAGAAACAGGCAACUCCGAGAUCUCAAAGUAAAAAACUCAUCACUGAGGUUCCCGCUUACAUCAAAAAUAUUUGGCAAGGAGAAGACUCGUAUAGGCUAACCAUGGUGCAGCUGUUGGGAAUCAAUCUCGGUACAUUCCACUGCUUAAAUUGCUGAUUAACAUUUUCAUAGGAUCAGUAUCCAUUUUUUGCUAGCUCAUUCUGUUUAAAUAUCGUAGGGGUAUCAAGGUCCUUUUCCUUUUAACUGUUUUGUUGAAGCAGCGGCUUUCUAAAGUAGAAGUAUAUAGCAGAGCAAGUUAGAUAAUACUGACUACAUGUGACAUUUGUAAGUUUAGGAAAAAAAGUCCCGGCAAUUGUAAGUUUGAAACCCUUGCUUUCUGAUAAAUGUUGUCAUAUUCUAUGCUUCAAAUAUAGGAUUCUGCUAAUCGAUA